GUGUAUACGCGUGUGCGCGCGCGCGCGACCGAGAUCAGCUCCCGAAACCUGAACGAGCGAGCGAGGCGGUCACCGAGACACGAGAGAGAGAGAGGGGCGAUCUAUCAGUACAACAUGGCUACAAUUCCAACCUCGACGAGGUUUACGGACGAAUAUCAGCUUUAUGAAGAGCUUGGAAAGGGUGCCUUCUCCGUCGUCCGGCGAUGUGUGAAGAAAUCAACCGGGCAGGAAUACGCUGCUAAAAUCAUCAACACAAAGAAGCUGACGGCGAGAGAUCACCAGAAGUUGGAGCGAGAAGCUCGGAUCUGCCGUCUGCUCAAACACCCCAACAUAGUGCGACUCCAUGACAGUAUCUCAGAGGAAGGGUUUCAUUACCUUGUCUUUGACCUUGUCACUGGUGGAGAGCUCUUCGAAGACAUUGUUGCUAGAGAGUAUUAUAGUGAAGCUGAUGCCAGUCACUGCAUUAAUCAGAUCCUGGAGAGCGUGAGCCACAUUCACCAGCAUGACAUUGUGCACAGGGACCUGAAGCCGGAGAACUUGCUGUUGGCCAGUAAGAUGAAGGGGGCAGCAGUGAAGCUUGCUGACUUCGGGCUGGCCAUUGAGGUGCAGGGAGACCAGCAAGCCUGGUUUGGUUUUGCUGGUACUCCUGGCUAUCUCUCCCCCGAGGUUCUGAGGAAGGACCCGUACGGCAAGCCCGUUGACAUCUGGGCGUGUGGUGUGAUCCUGUACAUCUUGCUGGUGGGCUACCCCCCAUUCUGGGAUGAGGACCAACACAAACUCUACCAGCAGAUCAAGGCAGGAGCUUAUGAUUUUCCCUCUCCUGAGUGGGACACAGUUACUCCAGAGGCCAAAAACCUCAUCAACCAGAUGCUGACCAUCAACCCGGCUAAGAGGAUAACUGCUGACCAGGCCCUCAAGCACCCAUGGGUCUGCCAACGCUCCACUGUGGCUUCCAUGAUGCAUCGCCAAGAGACUGUUGAGUGUCUGCGCAAAUUCAACGCCAGGAGAAAACUGAAGGGGGCCAUUCUGACCACCAUGCUUGUGUCUAGAAACUUCUCUGUGGGCCGGCAGCACACGAGCCCCGCCGCCCCCACCACCAGCACGGCUGCGCUGGCACAGGAAGCAUGCAAAAGUUUACUGAACAAAAAGUCUGAUGGAGUGAAGCCACAGACAAACAACAAUAAAAACAGUGUAGUAAGCAGCAGCACCAAAGACAGCAGCAUAUCAUCCACAGCACCGAUGGAACCACAGACCACUGUCGUGCACAACCCAGCCGACGGCGUCAAGGGGUCCAUGGAGAGUUGUAACACUACAGAAGAGGAGGACAUGAAAGGUAGGAAAGUUGACAGGAUUAGCAGUGACAGCGCAGUGUUCAGUCAGUGCAGUGAUUCACCUCCUCCCCUGAUCCCACCACCCACCAGCGCUCAGAAUAAUGCAAAGCACAGUGCGUGGAGCAGCAGAGGGCAGAGCUCGUGCCCUGCUGUACCUGCCCAGACCCUCAUGGCAGCAGCGGGGGGGAACAGCUCACUGCGGUCGCGCAAGCAAGAAAUCAUCAAAAUUACUGAACAGCUGAUUGAAGCCAUCAACAACGGAGACUUCGAGGCCUAUACGAGAAUCUGUGACCCUGGGCUAACCUCCUUUGAGCCUGAAGCACUGGGCAACCUAGUUGAAGGCAUGGACUUCCACAAGUUCUACUUUGAGAACCUCUUGAGCAAGAAUAGCAAGCCAGUGCACACCACCAUCUUAAAUCCUCAUGUUCAUCUGAUCGGAGAGGAUGCAGCCUGCAUCGCUUACAUCCGCCUGACUCAGUACAUUGAUAGCCAGGGCCGCCCGCGCAGCUGCCAGUCGGAGGAGACGCGCGUGUGGCACCGUCGUGAUUCCAAGUGGCUCAAUGUGCAUUUCCACUGCUCAGGAGCACCGGCUGCCCCUUUACAAUGAACUACACCAGGCACAGCUUGCCCGGAUGAUUGGAGCAUGUCUUCUCAGUGGUCGGAUUGGUGCCAGGGGCCCGGCCGGAAGAGAAAACAUAAGGGGGAAAAUAUUACACAACAAAGUAAAAAAAUUAAAAAAUUUAAAGCCAGCUGAGGCCAGCACCACUUCAGUCCAACCGUAGCUAGACGUGGGGGCCGGUGAUGGCAGCGGCCCCGCCCUCCGAAUGCUGCAUGCUUCUGAUGCCCACAGGGGGCGCUGUCUCGUCCUUUACCCAUGAGCCCAUCUCUUCUGCCCGUCGUUCAGCAAGAGUGUUUCAAGUAUUAAUAUGUUGUAAAUUUUUGAGAUAGUCAAUCCUCACACCGUUAACGGGGCUGAAAGUGACGGAGGUUUAAAAUCAGAAAUGUGAAUUUUUAAAAGGGAAGCCCACUUUUCAGUGGCUAGUGGUGUUUCUUUUUUCUUUUUUCUUUGGUUAAUGUGUGUUCAGCUGAAUUCAGCAAACCAAUGGUAAGGGUGGAAUAUUUGAGGAGCAAAACUAAAUUCUUACUUAAUAUCAGAAAAUAUCACCAAAGUGUAGAAUUUAGACUUUGACAUGGUUAUUUUAGCAGUCCUUUGAUUCGGGAGAAGAUCGGGAGGAGCGUAGGAAGGUUUUUAGUAUCUUGUAGGGUUCUUUUGUGUAACUUUUUGUGUUUUUAAUCUCCUGAAUGAUGCUGUAUUUGGAAGUUCUUUGUGUUUUCAAAAAAAAAAAGAAGAAAAAAAUAGCAGAUUUUUAAAAGCAAGGCACGUUCAAUAUAGUUGUACACUGAUAUUUAUAGAGAGGAAGAAAAAGAGCAAGGGUGUUUGUGUUUGUGUGUGAUAACACGGUCUCGCUUGGCACUCAUUGCUUUGGUGUGCGUUAACAAGCCCUUGUGUACACACACACACACACACACACACACACAUUGGCACACGAGUGCCAAGAACCCUGACACGUGUUCAGUCAAUUUACUCAACUUGCUUGUCUAUUUGCAGCUCUGUCAUGUCCUACUGGUUAGAACCUGAAGUUUCAGAACACUCACUUUCACGUCAUUAGUGUGUUCCUAGUCUCCUUGUGAACAAUAGGAGGAGCUUCAACACUAUUCACCUCAUCCUGAUCGCUUCUUCUCUCUCUCACACACAUUUAGAUCAGCUUCCUAGAGCGCCGGCUAUGUGUGCUUAUACUUUUUCUAGACUCUUACGAAGCAUGUUUGAAUCGAAUAGAAAUGGCCUGUACUGUUUUGCACAUAAGCCUGAGACGCUGUGCUGUCGUGUUCCCGUUGCGUGAACUUUUCUGCAACUUCAGGUUAGAGAAUCCCUCCCCGAGGGCGAGUCGUCAGACUCACCCUGACACCAGUCCAUAGCUGUUAUACACUCCCUCCAUGCGUGCGUGUGUGUGUGUGUGUCUGCACACUGCCUGUGGUGUUCUAAUUGUGACGUACUGUCUGUUCUUCCACUCCCUGUUCCAUCUCCGGACUCACUGUGAGUGCCGCUCGAGCAUGUUUAAUAGAGGAAAGGGAGUGCGAUGGAUGAAUUACCCGGUGAUCGUGUGACUUUCAGCCGACUUGAGAAUGGAGAACGCGAUCACGCUAAAGGCAGUUGGUUCGUAGGUCCCUUUGUGACACUUUGUGUUGUACUGGUCUAAUGUUAGUGUUCUUAGUGUUGAUGUUUAUUCUGGAUCAUAUAUUUUUUAAACUGUAAAUACUGACGCAGUGCCCAUGUGUAGAUGAAGGGUGGAGUCUAGGCUGUGCCAAACGUGCACGUCCUCUCCGUCUGUCCCGUAUACACACACCCGAACAUGUUCCUAGACACACUCCAUCAUGCACUGGUACAAUGAAUCCUGUUGUAAAUGCAAAUCGUCAUGUGUAGCUUUGUGUGGCUGUGUUACUGCUCAAACACAGUGUGCUUCCUUUAAGGCAUAUCUGUGUGUGUGAGUGUGUGUGUGUGUGAGAGAGUCAGUUUGACAUCAUCUGUGUGACACCUUUUCACUGUAGUAGCGUAGUUUUGUGUGUGAAUGUCAGUGACUAAAAAGGGUCAAAGCUUGGAGCUGGACCCCUUCACCUUGUUCAAAGCAAUUCUGCUUACUGAGGGGGAAAAAAAUAAACACAACCCCCUGUCCUCAGUCACACAGAGCUUAACACAGCAGACAGUACACAGCGCAGCACUGUGACACCCGCCACCCCAUCACACUGUGUUCCUGUUUUGCGCCCUGGUGCAGUGUGUGUGCAGUUCCAGUGUGGUGAUGUUCUGGGUUUCUGUAGUGUCUGUUCUGAGGCCUAUCGUCGUGCGUCCACACAGCCAUGCGGAAUGUUUAUGUAAAAACAACACAACCCGAAUUUAUUCAAUAUUGACCGUAGGGAAAAAAAAAACCUAUCAAAUCGAGGAGAGCAACGGAUGACGGUGUUUCAGAUAUAGGAAAAAGAUGCCUGCUAGACAUAUUGUUCGUUUAGCUUGCAAAACGAGGGUGAGCUUUCACACGCUAUACUGAAAUAUCUCCAGCAAGGCUGCUCAGUUUUAACAACCGAACCAUAUAUGCAGUUGGACAGAAGGAGGAAAAUAUGCAUGUCUACUCUGGUAAUAUUUUUCACUGUCUGUGUUUACUUAAAAAUGGAAAAUCUAUCUUAUCUAUCUAUAUGUAUGCUACCUGCAUUCUCGAGAUAAUUGAAAAUGGCUCUGUUUCAAAUGCUAAAAUCAAGUGAUGUAUCACAAACGAAAAAAAAAAAAGGACAAAAAAAGAAUUAACAAAGCCUUAGCUUGGUAUGUUCCCCAGAUUCUAUUCAAUUUAUUGCAUUGUAACCAUAUGAUGGUUCUACAUAUGACUAUACUCUGAGUUUUAAUUGGAUGCUGGAUUUUUUUGCAUGAUCAUACGAUUAAUAAAACCAUUUAAAAAUGAAAAAAAGAGUUUAAAAAAUAUCAAGUGUUUGUUUGAAUGUCUGUAGAUCUUCAUGAUAGCUUUGUUAUUAUUGAACAUGGGAAAGUAUUUAAUAAAAACAUUUAAACAUAA